AUGAAGCCAUAUCCGAAUUUUACAAUUUUUGUUUUUCUUUGGAGUGUUUUAAUUGAUCCUGUAGUUCUGGAAAAAUGUAUAUUAAAUAUACUAGAAACUUCACUAAUUACAAUAAAAGUGGAUAAUACAAAGGGUAAAAUAGGAAAAAAUAGUGAUUUUAUUAGCAAAAUUAAUUUAAGUGGAUUUGAAGAUGAGGAUAUUGACAAACCUAAAGAAAAUUCUGAUAUAGAAGAAAAUAACCAGAAAAAAAGUGGUGAUAAUAUUAAUACAUUAAAUGAUGUGACCUCAUAUGGUAAUAAAAGUGAGAGAAAAUUCAAAAAGAAGCUUUCAAAUAUAGUAGCAUCAGCUUUGGGAAAGAGUGGAAGAUAUUCUGUUAACUCAGAUAACAAAAAAUCCCAGUUAUCAAAGUUUAAAAAUGUAUUAAGAUCCAAGCCUUCUACUAUAAUUCCUUCUUCAGUUCCUAUAGAAAAUGUUUUUGAAUCUCCUAAUGUAUCUGAUUUGAUUAAAACAAAAAAAUAUUUAAAAUCACACUCUACCAAUAUUAAUUUAUUACAUGUUAAAGAUAUAGAAGGCAGAAAACAAAAUCAAGAACAAAAUAAAGAAGAUGAAAGACAAAAUAAAGAAGGUGAAAUACGAAAUAAAGAAGAAGAUGAAAGACAAAAUAAAGAACAAAAUAAAGGAGAAGAUGAAGGAGAAAAUAAAGGUGAAAGACAAAAUCAAGAACAAGAUGAGAAGCAAAAUAAAGGAGAUAUAGGUGCGCAAAUAAAUAAGUUAAAGUUAACUAAUCUAUUUCAUAAAGAUAUAUAUCCAAAAGAUCAUUCUAGUUCAAAUAAAUCUCAAACUAGCAAAUCGUCUCCAGAAUAUAAUCUCAAAUGUCAAAAAAGUAAGCUGGAUAUUUUUAGGAAAAAAUUGGUAGAACUAAUAAUUGAAAGUAAAAAACGAACAGAUGAAAUUAAAAAAAUUAAAAAAAUUAAGGAUUUGCAUUGUAGAUUAUAUAAUUUUAAAGAUAAUCAUUUUAAAUGCAAGGGAUAUCAAAGUAGUAUGGAUUCAAAUAUAUCACAUAUAAAAAUAAUAAAACAAAAAAAAUCAAAGAUUGAAGAAUAUAUUAGUAAAUGCCUUGAACUAUUCAUAAAACAACUCAAUUUAAAUUAUGAACUUGAAUUUUCUCGUGGUAUUAGUCCUACUAAAUGUGAAAUGGAAGAUAUUUUUACUUUUAAUAAAAAUAUUACUCAGACUAAAGAGAAAAUAAUCUUAUCAAACAUUUUAUCUGAAAAAUUAAAUUUAAAGAGUGGAAAAUGCAAAAAGUGCUUAUCUAAAAAAUUCAAUAAUAAAACUUGCUUUGAUUGUUCUUUGAUAUUAGAAAUGAAAUAUAAAAAUAAUAAAGAAAACAAUAUAUUAAAAAAAGAAUUACAGGAUUUAAAAUAUAAACAAGCUAGUUGUAUAAAUUAUACAUUAAUUACUGAAGUCCAAGGUACUACAGAAAGUAAAACAUAA